AUGGAGAAUCAAACUUGCUAUGAGCGCGCCCAGGAAGCUGAAAUUUUGGAACAAAAACAAAGAGCGGAAUUGAGAGAACGUUUUCUGAGAUUUAUGUCUUUUUUGGGUGGCAAACAGGUAGAGCUUGAUAUGCACGAACGUACUCAAGUGGCGGGCAAAUUUGGUGCAAUCAAGGCAGAUCAGACGCAUUACAUUGUUGAUGCAUUAAUUACACCAAUCGGUGUGAUUAAUCAUGCCAUCUUGAGGAUGAGUGAUACAAUCAUUAUCUCAACCAGUGAUCUAAACGAGCUAUCAAAUUCGAAAAUUCCCAUUCAAUAA